CACGUAGGCAGGGAGGCGGUGGAGACACAGAGAGGGAGACUGAGACCACCACCACCACUGCCUCACUCACACAGACAGACACAAGCCAGUUGCCCAGUUCAGUUGUGCAGCGGCAGUCGAACGGGGAGGGUGUGUGCGUGGUAGCCUCUGUCUGGGCCUCAGUGAGUGACCUGUUCUUUGCCUUCGCCGCCUCGCUCCCUGAUCUCUGAGUGUCUGUGGAGGUUACAGGAGCAGCGGGGAAGGGCGUGUCUCUCCCCUCACACGUGGCGGUAGGCUGAGGGCGUGAGGAAAGCACAUGGCGUAAAGGAAACAUUACAGGAGUGGUGGUGAACGUGGCGUGGUGAACGUGGUGGAUUAUGUGAGACGCCACGACUAUGUUACUCAAGAAAGGCACACCAGACGCCACCUCCGGGAACGGCAAGAGGUCCUCUCCCGCUACUACUACUGCUGCUACUACUACAGGAGAGAAAAAGAUGCUGCAGGCUAACAGCGAGGACGUGCGCCAGAGCCUGGACGUGUUGGACAGGAUCCUGUCAGAGUUUGAUGACGUGGGCACAGACACCACCGAGGACGGCUGCAGCAGCGAUGUCCCUGACGCGGGCCCCGCCACGCCGCCCCCCGUGGAUCGCUCGCUUAAGCCCCGGGAGGCGGCUCCCGAGCUGCCCCGCAAGACUCGCACCGGCAGGCGCGGAUCCGGCAGCACCUCACCCUCCAGCCACGAGUACCAGGAGAUCAGCCCCGAUGUGGCCUGCCCCGCUCCGCCCCUGCCCGACACCCCCGCCCUCCUCACCUCACCCACUGCCCGCGGCGGCCGUCGCCAAGUGUCAGAAGACAGGGCGCGUAGCAGACGCCAUGAAGAGGACAGCCGCCGCCAGCCGCGCCGCCAGCGCAGCGAGGACGCCAGACUGCGCUGCGACGACGUGUCCUCCAGCUCUGGUGACCUGGCCGGUCCUGACCCACGCCGCGCCCCGCGAGACGGCAGCCGCGGCAGGUCACGAGAGAGUGUGCGUGGCGGCGCGGGACGUGAGGCGCGUCACUUGAGGAAAAGUCGCUCAGGAGAGGUGGAGGCGCGGCGCCCUGAGCAGCAGGAGGCGCGGCGGCGACGGUCCAGGUCUUCAGACCGCUGGCUGGACCAGCCACUGGCAGACCCCAUGAUGGACCGGCGACUGUACGACGCGGGGCCAUACGAUCCCCGCCUCUACGAUCCCCGCUACGUGGACCCGCGCCUCAUGGACCCCAGCCUGCUGGACCCGCGUUUGCUGGACCCGCGCUACGUGGACGAGCCAUACCCGUACCCACUCCCGCAGGACCCAGUCCGCUUCCCACACCUGAUGCACUAUCCGCCCAUGCCCGGCGGCCCCGCCUCCCCCGGCACGCUGUCCCCCGUGCCCCCCGGCCACCCCGUGGGCCCGCCCUUCAUUCCCCUGGACUACCCGCCCUACCGCCUCGGCCACUACGACCUGGCCUAUCCCGGGGACCCCAUGCUGCUGCCCUUCAUGGCGCCCCAGCCCUACCCUCCAGAACCCCCGCCCCCAGACUACCUCCAUCCCGCAGACUGCCUGCCGCCACAGUACCUGCCCUACCCCCCGCCACCCCCUCCUGGCCUGGUAGGCGCCCUCUGGAGCCCCGCCCCCCACCUUCCGCGGGAAGACUGGCCGCCUCCAUCACCAGAACAGGCGCAGCAGCUCAUCCACAGCGUUGUGAGAAAUCCGAAAGUAAGAGGAAUGGAGGAAGAAGAGGAAGAGGAGGAGGCGAUAAGAAGAGAACGGGAGGCUCAUUUCCAUCCCGGCAUGAGACCAACAGGGCGAAGACUUACCUCCAUAGGGCACUCAGACAGCUCAGGCCUCUCGUCCCCUAGUGAGGAGAGGCGACACUCCGGGAGACGCGGCUGGUGGGGAGGAGGAGGACAUUCUCAGCGUGACGCCCCUUCUUCUGAAUUCCACGUUGGGGAAGCUGUGAGAGGCGCCAGUCCCAGGGCCGUCAAGGGUUCAACGUCCCUGCCUCACUUCUCCUCCGGGAAGGACAGCGGGUUCGAGGAGGCUCCCGUGACGGCGGAGGACGGUGCGGGACAGAGCGGCCGUGCUAGUCGUUCCGGCGGCGCCUUCAUCGUGUCUGGCGUGUUCAACGACUCGUCCAGGAUGUUCAUCCCAGCGCCGCCUUCGCCCACGCCAGACUACGACGACGACAGCGGCUCAGAUGGCAACGAGAGCGACAUCCUGCAGGGGUCGCAGUUCUACGUGGUGAGCACAGAGGACGCGGAAGGUGGCAAGAAGAAGCUGGCCAACCGCGACUCCCUCAGCGACGACAGCCUGCAGAACGCCCCCGGGGGCGCCGCAGGAGGAGCGUCGAAGGAAAAGUCUUCCAAUGCGUCCACACAGGGCAAGGGCCAGCCGUCCACGCCGCUCCAGACCCUCAUGAAGGAGUUCCACCACGCCCUGCCGCCCGUCGACUAUGAGAACGGCUUCUCCGACGAUUCCCUGGAGGACUCCACCACUGCGCCGUCCACUACGGCACCCUCAGGCUCUGCGCCACCCGGCACGCGGCACGCCAGGCACACCUCGGAGGAGUCCCUGGCGUCCUUGGAGGGCUCCACCGCAUCCUUCGACUACAUGCACGCCAACGAGGCGCGGGGCUCCGUGUACGACAAAACGAGACCGGCGUCCGGUGAGGACGGCCAGCGGGCAAGCGGUGGCGGCGGCAAGGAAAGAAAGGACGCCAACGGGAAGGCGAAAAAGAGCGCGGCGUCUUCGCCAGUGAAGGACGGCGCCGUGCGGGGUGCCACCAGGGCUGACAGUGCUGACUCCGGCAGCGUUAGCAGGCAGAGCUCGCGGGAAAGCUCCCAGAGUUCAGGUUCAGGCAGCGCCAAACCCCUGGAGAAGUUUGAGGCGAUAAAGCACAUGCUGAAGGAGGGGCUGAUCGAAGGCCUGGAUGAGGCUCCGCCGGAAUUCAAGCCGCCGCCGCCCGCACACCGGCGGGACGAGCGUGCUGACAGCGGCCUGGGCACCAAGAUGGACGAGAGUGACCGCUCCGACCUGUCCGGCACGCCACCCUCCCUCACCUCGCCGCCCGCGGCAGACACCCGCCGCGCCUCCGCAAGGAGGGAGAAAGACACCCUCUGCAGCCGCGUCUCCAUCGCCUCAGACGACGCCGAGAAGAACAGGGAUGAAGGCGACGAGGUGGAGAUCCUCAUGAAGGAGACGAUGGAGGUGCCGCCCACGCCGCCUCCGCGCGACGAGUCCAUGCACUGGACGCCGCGCGUGCGGGGCGUGGCCAGAUCUGUCCCCUCCACGCCUAGCACUUCAAAAACCACACCCGCGUGGCAACAGGCCCCCGAGGUACCGCCACCCCUGCCGCAGCGGCCGUCAGAGCGAGUAGCACCGCACGCCGAGGACAUCUACGGGCAGCAUGAGGCCGCGGAGAGCGGCAGUGAGGUGAGCAGCGCCAUCAACGGCUCGCUGGCCAGCCAGUAUAGCGGCCACGACGCCGACAACCCGCUCACCGACAGGGAGUUCCUGGAGAACCUCAAGAACCUGGAGCCGCGCCCGCGCCCUGACACGCUGGCGGUGAUCAGCGAGGGCCAGGGUAGCCUCAGCUCCCGCAGCAGCCGCUCCGGGAGAUUGCUCUCCAGAAUCGCCGAUUCCGUCCGCAGCGGCAGCCGGACGCCCACGCCUUCUUCGUCCUCCUCAGCGUCUUCCACCCGCGCCACCACCACCAAGCUCACCUCCACCUCGCGCUCCUCCACGCGCAUCCACGGGGACAUCAUCCGCGAGCCCCGCCGAACCUCCAUGCGGGAGUCCGCCCUGCCCUCGCCCCAGGAGUACACACCCUUCCCCUCCUUCAGCCCCUCCAUCGUGCCCCUCACCCGCGACGGCUCAGGCCGCUUCAGGAGCAUCGAGGACCUGGCCGAGGCUGCCUCCACGCCGCCCCAGGACCCUGUGCUGCUCGGCAAGAAGAAGAAGCACUCCACGCUGCCGCCAAACCUCACGCCGGCAGACCUCAAGAAGGAGAACAAGGAGCUGCGCCGCGCCACCUCCCUCAUGGUGGGCAAGAAGAACAAAGACGGCAGCGAAGGAUCCAAGUUCAGGUUUAACAUCUUCCGCGGAUUCUGGCGUCGGAAACAAUACUCCUUCGACAACAAAGUAUAGAGUUAAGCCACCACUGAACCCAAGCCACACGAACGCCAUCUACCCAGCCAGCCAACCAGCCAGACACGCCAUUCAGCCACAGAGAGCUUGGGUGGGUUGGAGAACGUGGAAAGUUACCUUGCACUUCAUUACCAGCCCGCAUUGACCGACAUACAGACAGGCACCGAUAUAGAGGGCUGACUCGCGUGGUGGACUGCGGUUAGGAGGGCGGCACGGUAUAUCGUUUUAGCGGCGGUGAAUGAGGGCGACGUGAAGGCAGGCAGCUCGCGACCUUGUACUGCUUAAAAAAAAAAAAAAAAAAAAAACAAGUAAUGCACCGGCGUGACUUUGAAAUCAGCGUGGGUGUUUGAGGCAGCGGUGAGGAACGGAGUGAUGUGUUGGGGAGAGUGAGUGACCUUGACGAGACAAACCGACCGCUCUUUUACCCGCCACUAUAGCACCCCCUCACCCCACCAGCUCCGCCCCGCCGUCGCCGCCGCCGCCUCUCUCUGGUCUGGGCCAAGGGCGUUAGGAAACCUCUCAGCUGUUAUUGCAGACUCGAGGGCUUCAUCAGCGCAUUAUUAGUGUAUAGGUAGCAGUGUUGUGAAGGUGAGAGAAGGGGAGUGAUGGCGGUGGUGUUGGCGGUGGGAUGAUGUGGGUCAGAAUCAGAAUGAAUGUGAUGUUUGUCUCGUCUUCUCCAUAACGUCGUGACGCCACAUUUCUCGCAGUUAUGUGACACUUGGGAGAGAGAGAGAGAGAGAGAGAGAGAGAGAAUACUACACGCGGCUUCCAUUGCCUGCUAUAAUGUAAUUCGUCGGGCAGUGGUCGUUACAUCCGGAAGUGAAGAUUAACAUACAAAUUACUCAAACGGUAAUAUUUUCCCGCCGUUGCACGAGAGAUUGGUCGUUUGUUAUAAUAAUACCCCUGAAUUAGAUCCUUCCGUAUGACUAGUUCGUCCCUCAAUGCAGCUUUUUAUAUUAACAUUUAAGUAACGUCCCUUUAUGAACCCUCCACCUGAUGCUGAGGGUCCUGGUGUCUGGUCGUAACUCGUCAGGUAACAAGCCGUGGCCCUACAGAGUCAGAGAAGUAAAUAUCUGCAGUUAAUGUUAAGUAACCAAAGAGUAAGAGGUAAGACAACGUGCAACACCGGAGAGAUUAUUGAGAAAUACAGCAGAUAAACUAGUGGUCAUGAUGCGUGAGUCAUGUUCCCAGAAACUAUAAAGAACUAUAAGGUAAGUAAGUGUAGCUGCUAUCACGGGUCUAGCGGAGGCUGGGAGAGUUUGGUCACGGCUCAAGUAACACUGUGAUGGAUGUGCUCGUGUUCCCCUGCCUGCGAGCUGCCAUGUGACGACUAUUCCGUUAGUGAAUGGCUGCAAUGGACGUUUACAAAUGGAAGCAGGUGAUGCACUUAGUUACCAGACGCUUUGCGAGAGGCCAUCAGUGGCGUCACAAUGGCGUGGGAUGAGGCCCUAUAUCGGUCAUAGUCCCGGCUAUUGCUACUGAAUGGGAUGCUGAACUGGGACAGAGUGAAGCGCUCCUCUCAACUGUAUGGAAAAGUUAAUUAUUCAAAAGCUGGUGAGAAUUUAAUAUCGAGUUUUUCCAGCAGAUAAGUCAGAGCUGCUUGAUUAUGAUACAGGAGAAAACAAAGUAGAUGGAGUUAAAGAAAAUAAAGUGUCAAACGUCCAUUUUUAACUAACUUUAGGGAACCAGAUAAACCAGAGAUACUUGUGCUUAUCAGCAAGUCUUAUCUGGAGGCUGUGUUCCUUUGUGACAUACAUGCCUUUUAUAUCACAGCAUCCUUGCCCCCAAAGAAUCAGGGUCACCUUACCUCUGCCUGCAUCACUACAAGGCCUGCACUCACUUGCCUUACAACCAGGGUCACCUUACCUCUGCGUGCAUCACCUUUCACCCGCCUUACUAACAUGGCCACCUACACGUAGAUGACCAAACUCGCCUGAGCUGUGUAGACCUGUGAAUAAGCAACCAAGCCCUUCGUGUGGCCAAUUGUCUGCAAAACCACAUUCCUCUUAGAUUAAUUGUGGAAAGUACACCAUAUUGAUUUCCGGGACGAUUUUAAUGAUUGUAUAAGUUUCCGUGAAGCAAAGAUGGUGUCUGACUUGACUGAUGAAGAGGAUUCACGAAGAGCGUUCUUGAGACACCCUCCGUACACUACUGUAAUCAAAUCAAUGGUACACUUUAUUCAUUACAAACCGUCCGAAAAAUCAAUUAAGCCUUCACUGGACAGGAACUAAGAACUGUUACCUUCCUUCAAGAUUUGAUCCUUUACUUUACUGCUUAGAAAUUUAUCUGAACUCAGUAAAAAGUGGUAAAGAUGUGGCCUCGACACAUGUUGACAUUUAAAUUACAACUUUGGAAGAGGUCAGUGGCUCGAGUCCAAAGAUUUCAUAAUUAUUGAGGCCUUUGUACCCUCGGUCACUGCACUAACCCACACAUCUAUAGACAGCCACCGACAUCUUUAACUAAACCAUCCAUGUUCCAAGUCCAAGAUGGCACAAAACUACAAAAUUUUCCAAGUUCAGCUUUACCAUAACUUACUUGCUCCCUCCAGCCUUUCAGUCUAAACCGGUGGUAACACUUGCAGCCCUCCACCCCGAGGCCUCCAAGUGUAGACAGUAGUUGAGCCUCAUAUCAAGUCAUUUAGGCGUGACCACCGAUGCGUGACGAGUGGCGAGUGACAGAGCCAAUAAUGGUGUCACAUCACUCACUGUACUUGGUGGACCCCACUCAACAUAUAUAAAGAUAGAUCGUGAGUUGCUGUGUAUAAUAAGCUUGAUGAAUAUUUAAGAGUUGUAAAAAUGCUUGUCUUACGGAGGGUUAAAUUCCUAAUAAUAUCUGGUUAUGUACAAUAUGAUGAUUUGUAAAUACUUACUACUCGUACAUGCAUAAACUUACUACACUCCCUCCCAUCCCAGGUUUAUUUUUGUUUUCUUUUAUGCUUCUGAGGGUUUACAUAUAAAUUGAUAACAUGUAUAUACGUAUAUAUUAUAUAUUCCAUAAAUUUCCUAGUGGCUGCUGUGUAAAUGGUGUUGCCCCUUCCAUAUGAAGCCUGACUUGCCAGAUGGACUGGUCAAACCUUCAUCCCUUCGCAUAUAUGCCUUCAUUAUUAAUCAGAUUCUUUUUCUACAACUCAAGGAUCUCAGGCAGUGUUGUGAAGCUGUAGCCAGACGUCCCUACCUUGCUCCCGUGUAAGUGGCUCGGUAUCUCGCUUAUACUGGCAAAAUUAUCAAAAAGAUUCCUCAGGAACAUGAUUGUUGAUGUUCCCUGGAUAUAUUUUUCAUUACUUGCAGAUACGUGCUUUAAAAUAAAUAACCAACAGCAGUGUACAGGAUUUUUUAGUCUCUGACAGCUAUCCUUGUGUAGUCAUUAAUUAACACACUAAGGUGAAAUCACAAGCUUCUAAUUCAUCUAGGUUAACACGGAUAUGCGCCACAAUCAACAUUUACCAAAAAAAGAUACAUAUAUAAAUAUAAAAAGUAAGUCAAGGCUGGAUUUUUUAAAAUUUUAUUUUUUCCUUUUUAUUUAUUUUUUUUUUUCUUUAUUUUAUUCACUUAAUUUAUUUUCUUUUAUUUGUUUAUUUUUUGGUCAUUAUCAGGUUCAUCUGGGAUUGCUGUGGUGGCGGCAAUCCAGUCAGUCACCCACUCAGUACUUCUUGUCAUGCCAGCUCACGCUUUCUCCAGCCUCCUGCACAUUCAAACAAAGCCGCCCACCACACACACACACAUAUACACACACACACAACGUGCUUGUGUACAAUCCAAGCUUCCCAGACAGAGCCUUCCGUUUCAUCGCGCCGAAACAAUUGUGCUAUGUAUUUUUUUAACAACUUUAUUUGCAGAUUUUUAUUAACUUGUAAGCCACAUGAAAAUAAACUACUAGAUGGA